AUGUACGCCCUUGAUCCGUUUGUCGCCUCUACCAUCAAUCAAGCGCCGGUGUCCUACCUGAUUCCAAUCAACCUAGACAUCCUGAUAUUCGCCUGCUUGUUUGAGUUGUUUCUAUCCUUGGAUACAAUCCACCACAAGAAUAACAUCCUUCUAUUUUCAGUCUGCAUUUGUAAUGCCUGCAGCUUCGGUUAUUCUGUGAUACAAUUUCUCCUCAUGAGAGGUACUACUGCAAGACUGUUCAAGUCACGUUUUAGCUAUCCGACUUUGGUGGAUAGUACACGCAAUGUGUGGCCUCAGGUCCAGCCAGCAGAGAUCCUCGUAUGUAUAGUUACAGAACUGUGCGCUCUUUUUCUAGGCCCAAUUGCAUAUUUGAUACACCGGGACUAUUCAUGGGCUAUCUACAAGUCCGUUCGCGGCAGCCCGGACACUCGGAUGCGUUAUCUGGCCUAUGAGGUUUUUCUGAUACUGAGAAAACUAAACCUGUAUUUUCUCAUUGGCGUCAUUAUCCAAUAUGAUCUAGUAUAUGUGCACUUCAAAGAACCAGAGUAUACUUUGACGAUACUGCUCAUCCCUGUCGCCAUCAUUGCGAUAUUUCUUGGUGUCUGGUUUGUCCAGCGAGAACGAACCUUUGGUGCAAAUGCUAUUGUUAUUGUGAUUCUAUCGUCGGCAAAUACAGCCGGCAAGAGCAUGAUGUUGUUUUUCGCCGUGUUGUCCUUAGCACUAGCUCCCGCAACGGUUGUCUGUACUGCUAUUUGCAUCACAAUCUUCAAUCGGGGGUUGACAGCCAUUAACCAGUCUAAAAGUGCCAACGCUCGGGAUUCAUACCUUUUGUACAACAUGGCCCCCUCCGCGGAGUUGUCCCCUGGUAAUUCGCGUCCCUACUCUCGUCUCACGCUUGACUAA